AUGCAUGGCCAGUGGGUGUCCGGCGGUUGGCAGCGGGGUCAGAGGGGAGCGGCAGUCGGCAGGCGGCUGACGUCGCCGUUCAGGACAACGCUUGGCCGUCCGUUUAAUGGCGCGGAAAGGGACGCGAGUUGCACGCUGUUUUUGGCCUUCAUGGAUUACUUGCAACGUAUUGAGUUUCAAAUGGAUGUUAAGAAUGUCAUCUUACAUGGUGAUUUGGCUGAGGAGGUAUAUUUGCAACCCUCUCCUGGGUAUCCUCAUUCUCCUAGUCAGUUUGAGAUGAAAGACUUCGGUUCUCUUCGCUACUUCCUUGGCUUAGAAAUAUCCCCUACCUUUGAUGGCUACUCCUUGACCCAAGUCAAAUAUGCCUCUGAUCUUCACACACGUGCCGGUCUCACCGAUUGUAAGAUAACUGAUAGUCUGCUGGACCCCAACAUCAAACUCCGUCCUACUGAUGGGGAGCUCCUUCCUGAUAUCACUCGUUACCGACAACUUGUUGGGAGCUUGAUUUAUCUCACCGUCACCAGACCAAACAUUGCUUAUGCAGUGCACCUUGUUAGCCAGUUUAUGUCAGCUCCUCGUUCUGUUUACUAUGCAGCUGUUCCUCGCAUUUUACGAUAUGACACAACUCCUCGCCUCUUGUCAGUUCCUUCAAUUGAUCAGUUGGUUGAUAUCUUCAUGAAAGUUCAUUCACUUGGUCGUCAUCGUGCUUUAGUCUGCAAACUCCAAAUGACAUCUUCAAUGCCACCUUGA